UCUGGGUUAACAGGUGACAAGGGUCAGCCAGGUGCACCUGGUCGUCCAGGACGACCUGGAGCUCCUGGUUUCCCUGAUGUGAGUAAAGGGCUGCCGGGAGAACCUGGCCUUUCUGGGGAAACAGGACUUCCAGGCUUCUCUGGACAAAAAGGAGAAUCUGGAAUUAUGGGAUUCCCCGGCACUGUGGGACCAAAAGGCAAUAAUGGCUUUCCAGGUUUAUCUGGAAGGCCUGGAGAAGUUGGUCGGCCUGGUGCCAAAGGACUACCUGGAGAAACUUUUGGUUAUCCUGGAGCACCAGGACUUAAAGGCCGACAAGGAGAUUCAGGGAUCCCAGGCGACCAAGGGAAAGUUGGUGAACCUGGCGAUAAUGGAUUUUCAGGAAAUCCAGGUUUCCUCGGACAGAAGGGGAUUCUUGGUGAACAGGGGCGGUAUGGAAUAAUGGGCUCUCCUGGUUUCCCUGGACCAAAAGGUCAGCCUGGAUUGCCAGGAAUAGGAAGGGGGCCUGAUGGGCUUCCUGGUCGGCCUGGAUUCAUUGGAAAUCGUGGGUUUAAAGGUUUUCCCGGACCACCUGGUUUGGAUGGCCUUAAUGGCCUAGCAGGACCUAAAGGCCUGUCUGGAAACCCAGGUGCAAUUCUGGGAGGUAGGCCCGGCCUUUCUGGUAGUCCAGGGUUGAAGGGAGAAAGAGGUGUUUCCCAACCCGGUGUUCCAGGGUAUCCCGGCCAAAAAGGACAAAGAGGAGAACCAGGUCCUUUUGGAUUGAAAGGGAGCCCGGGUAACCCUGGACCUCCUGGACCCAGAUCAAUAGAAAGCUUUCCUGGACCUACAGGAGAUGCAGGUCUCCCUGGACUGGAUGGACAGUAUGGUGUCCAAGGUCCUCCAGGUCUUCCCGGCCCACCUGGUCCAGGCACAGCUCAGGGAGACAGAGGUGACCCUGGUCUGCCAGGCUUCCCAGGGAACCCUGGUACAAAGGGUGAACCAGGAUUACCUGGAGGUCCUGCAUUCCCUGGCAGACCUGGUUUAAAAGGACAAAAGGGUGAUGGUGGUUUUGCUGGAAUUCCUGGUGUCCAGGGUUUUAGAGGCGACUCUGGUUUUCCUGGAAGCAAAGGAACGGCAGGAAUUAGAGGGUUUCCAGGUCCAAAAGGUUUGCCUGGAGUCAUAUUUCCAGCUUCACUGCCAAAUGGGCCAUAUCCACAAGGUGAUCCAGGUUUCCCUGGUGAAAGAGGAAGCCCUGGUAACCCUGGAGAGCCUGGUCAGUCUGGUUUUCCUGGGCGUAAAGGUACUGUGGGGAACCCUGGUCCAUUGGGUAGACUGGGCAGGACUGGAGUUCCUGGUUUUCAAGGACCUCUUGGGGAUCCCGGACCUCCUGGUUUCCCUGGAUCCCCAGGAGCACAAGGGUUUCCUGGUACAAUUGGCCCUCGCGGCAUUCCCGGCAGCGUCGGCCGCAGCCACAGCAUCGGCUACACUCUGGUUAAGCACAGCCAGAGCCCCCAGGUUCCCAUGUGUCCUCAAGGCAUGGCCAAACUGUGGGAGGGCUACAGUCUGCUGUAUGUAGAGGGACAGGAGAAGGCACACAACCAAGACCUCGGUCAGCCGGGGUCGUGUCUCCCCAGGUUCAACACGAUCCCCUUCCUCUACUGCUCGCCCAGCGAGAUUUGCUACUACGCUAGCCGCAAUGAUAAAUCCUACUGGCUCUCCACGACCGCAUCCAUACCCAUGAUGCCCGUGGAAAAGGAGGAGAUAAGACCUUACAUCAGCAGGUGUUCAGUAUGUGAGGCUCCAUCUCAGGCAGUGGCGGUCCACAGUCAGGAUAUGACAAUCCCCAACUGUCCUAUCGGCUGGAGGAGUCUCUGGAUAGGAUACUCCUUCCUAAUGCACACAGCAGCUGGUGCAGAGGGCGGCGGUCAGUCCUUGGUGUCUCCCGGUUCCUGUCUGGAGGACUUCCGGGCGACUCCGUUCAUCGAGUGCAACGGCGCCAGGGGCACCUGCCACUACUUUGCCAAUAAAUACAGCUUCUGGCUGACAACCGUGGAUCCAGAAAAUGAGUUUACCUUCUCGCCAGCCAAGGAGACGCUGAAGGGAGGCCAGGAGCGCUCCAGAGUCAGCCGCUGCCAAGUGUGCAGCAAGAUCUUGUAGUAGGCAAAGGUGAAAGAUGGAGGAGUGAGGCGGGGAAACAUCAGGAGGGGAUUCACUAACAUUUCAAGAAUUUAUGAUGGAGGAUCAGAUGGAUUUAAAAAAGAACACGUGACUGACUGAAUGGACCUUUCUCCUGUGCUGUGAUGGUUUCAGAAUCGAGUCGAGCAACAUCGGCCCCAUUUUGAGAGUUUUUUAUCCCCUGUAGGAAUGAAUGGCUUAUAAAAAAAGAAGAAGAAGCUGGAGGUAGGAGGAGGAAAGAGAAGAGUCCCAGUGUGAGCGAUCUUCUCGAGAUUAUCACUGAUAAUGGUGCUAUUGUUUAUGUAUGUGUUUAUUACGUGUCAGCUUUCUUGUGACAGAUGUCAGCGAGAAUCAUUCUCGGCUACCUCGGAGAGUGCCCCCACCCCCGUUUAAGCAAACAAGUGCCCCUCACACACGUUAAGCACCCAAUUUAAAGGUUAUCAGCUCAGGAAGUUGGCCGUUAUUGGUUCUUGUCGCUCCCAUAGAUACUGACAGCAGGCAGAAAGUCUCUACACCAACUCUGACGUCUGACUGUCAUAUCUAUGGGACAGACAAGCCUACAAAUGCUUUUCAAUGGGCUGAUCACGUUUGAAGUGGGUACAUAAGAGCUUAAUGUGAGAUGAGAGUAAAAUUACAGAUUGCUGGUUGAUUUUAAGGUUUUAAAGCGAGUUUGCAUUAUCUUAUUGGGCUGAUCUGAGCAAAGCAGAUAUAAAGCUUCACUGAAAUCCCAUCUUUGGGAAGAUGAAACCUGUUUUCUUCAUAAACUUUUUAUUCUACGGCAGUUUAGCACCACGAAGGUGCCCACUGUAAACAUGCUGGGGAUUUUUUCAUGUGUUGCAUCCAUACCUGCAGUAUAUUUGAUGUCGGCCACUUCAUUAUUGGUUUGAAAAUCAACUUGCCAAGACAUGUGACUUGCUUGAGGUAAAAAUGGUGUUGAAGCUAUCCUUUGUUUUUAAGUUUUUGUGAUAUUUGGAUUAUUUUUUGGUGCCUUACAAUCGGACGUGUGAAUUAAAGGAGUUUUAGCUUCAUGUAAAGAUUAAAAAAAAUCUGUGGAAAACUAUAACUCAUUAGCAAAUUAUUUUUUGCAUAAACAAAAAAAGACUAGAAGUAUUUUGUUUAUUGGACUCCAACAAAAAAACAUAAACAAAGCAAGUUUCAUGUCUUUAAGUGCUGGUUUUCAUAUAGAAGGUGAGAAGCAUCAUCUGUUUGGGGAACAGAAGGAACUUAGAAACAAUCUAAAGUAUUCCUAAACAUGUCAAAGUCCCUGCGUAAGCUUCACGUAAGCCUGUGUACAUUUCACAGUGGGACUCUCAGGUUGCUGCUACGUUACCGUUAGUAUGACUUUAAAGGUCAAGUCAGAUUUUUCUGUGCAACAGCUGAAAUGACAAUAGAGAGCUGUUGUUAUUGCACUGAUGUGGACACAGAUGGUUCAGAACAUCAAAGGGGCAUACAUAUCUCCACCUCCACUCUCACAGGUUUUCUCUAUGCUGCGACCAAACAAGUAUUUCUUUUGAUUAUAUCACACUUUUUAAGGCUGCCAUUCGCUUGCAUUUUGCAAAAUGACACAAAACACACACUCUCUGAUAGAUGAAUUAUUGCUGUACAUAGUGCUUACUGUAUUUUUCAGCAAAUCAUGUUAGCGCAAAGGUCUAUGAUGUUGUUACUCGGUUCUUUUCUUUUCUUUUUGUGUCCUCGGACAGGUAAGAAGAUGGCAAAAGGACAAUUCUGUGCCUUUAAAUAUAGAUUUUGCAAAAAAAAUACAAAAACACACAAAAAAUUAGAAAUUGUAUCUGUUUUUGCAUUAAAUUUGGUUUUCCUCUGAGUCAAACAGGUUCAUCUGUGCUUGGACAGUGGAAGCUACAGCAUGACUUGUAACCACUACGACCUCUAGCACGUCUCUCUCUGCUGGUAGCCCUGACUUUAACGCUGUGCCACAUAGUACAUUUGUGUCUGUAUUGCUUUUUUUUGUAAUCUAGAUUUGUAAUUAUUGAGUCGUGACACUAGCCCCUGGUUUUAUUUACUGAGAAGUGAGGGAAUGGGAAGGUAAUGAUGUGUACAUUAAAUUUUAUGGAAAGGAAAACAUGCCUGUGUUUUUAUAUGGGAGCUAUGUUCACCGCUGAUGAUUAGGAUGCUAACAGCACACUUUAUUGCCAGUUUGGACUUCACCGCACGUUAAGAGCCAAAUGGAGAAACAUGCUUUAAGAUCCCUGAGUGACAGAAAAGAAAUGCAGUUUUCCUCAAAGAGGAUCCAUAACAAAUCAAAAGUGGCAACGCAACAUGUCUGUUCCUGUAACGUGUGUUUCUGUGCUCACACACUUUGAAUUAAAGUCUCAAAACUACUUAA